AUGUUGAAUUCAUUUACAACCGCCUGUCCGGACGAUCAGUAUUCACUCGUCAAGAAUAGCUGCACUGAAAUGCUCUUGCUCAGAUUUUUCACAUGUUUUAUGUUAGCGAUGCUAGAUGAUAAUAAUUCAUUGUUAACAGCAAUCAUAUUGUUUAACCCAAACCGACCUAAUCUAACGCACAGGCAUUACGUACAACUCGAACAACAAUUGUAUAUAUAUUUAUUACAACGAUAUCUACUUUUAAAAUACAAA